AUGCCCACGUCGCAGGAUAAGCGGCCCAUAGAUGAGAUCGACGACCUGGCGCUGCUGGAGACGCUGGAGGGCGAGCCGCCACCGGACGUGCAGCGGCUCAAGAUGGAGUACGCCUCGCGCCGGUUCCACUCCUCUGAUCCGCUGGACCGACCCCGCAUCGAGGAGGUGGCGCCCGGCGAGGACGAGGACGAGGACGAGGACGAGGACGAGGACGAGGAGUAUGACGACAGCGAGGAGGAAGAAGACGAAGACAAGGAUUUCAAGCCCAAGUCCAGUGCAGAGCCGCUCAAAUCGAAGGUCGACAAGUUUGAGAGCGAGCAGCCGGAGAAAGACGCCAGCGACGCCGACUCUGGGGAGUUGGCCCGAGUGGAGGAGCCGGCCUGGCUGAAGCGCUCCUCAGCGCCGCGCUCCAAGACGCCCAACACAGCUGCCGGCCGCAUCAUGUCCAGCUACGGCGUCGGCCCCACCGACGACAGCGGCGUGCCGCUGUUCGGCCUGCGCGCGCUCAGGAAGCAGAAGACCUGCCAACCGCCAGUGGCACAGCUGGGCAGGGAAGCGGCACCCGCUGAUGAGUCCUCCGAGCCCCAGCUGCCGCUGUUUGGUGGUCUCAGGGCCCUCCGCUCGCGCAAUAAACCGGGUGGCAGCAGUGAGCUGGCCGUGCCCGACGCCGACGAAGAGCGCGCGGGCAGUGACGUCGAAGAAAUCGAGGCGAAGGCUCGGGAGCAGGAGCGCCUUCUGUCGGCCGACAUAGAUGGCACCACUAGCGAGACCAGGCCCACCGCGGAGAGCGGCGGCCGGCCGGGCCGCGCGCGGGGCUCGCUGAUCCCACGCCCCUCUGACGACCGCUCGCCGUCCGGGAGUCUGCGCCGUACCCCGCUCGGGGGCCGCUCCCCUGCCGGCACCCUGGAGCGGCGGCCGGCCGCUGGCGGCUCCCCGGCCACGCUGGAGCGCCACGUCAGCGGGGGCUCCUCCGCGUCCAUCACCAUGGAAACCGAGGACCGCAAGCUGACCGGCAUCCUGAAGAAGCCGCGCUCCGCUGACCUGGGCGACCCGGACGGGCGGCCCUAUCGCGCGUCUGACGACAUCGCCGUGUACACAUGA